CCUCUGCGGGCUCCUGGCGGCAGCAACAGCGGCACCAGCACCGGCAGCAGCAGAGGCGACGCGGACGGCCCCAGCAGCAGCAGCCUCCUUCUUCCCCGGGCGCCGCCCGCAUGAGCCACCGCAAAGGCGACAAGCCUCCCAUCAGCAUCCAGGAGCACAUGGCUAUCGACGUCUGCCCGGGUCCCAUCCGCCCCAUCAAGCAGAUCUCCGACUACUUCCCGCGUUUCCCCCGCGGCCUCCCCGCCGCCGCUUUGCUCACCCGAGCCAGAGCUUGCAGCAACGCCGCGCUUCCACCUCGGCCGGCCCCUAGCCCGGCCGGGACCCCUCCGCCCCGGGACGACGAGGAAGACCUCGACCAACUCUUCGGCGCUUACGGCACCGGAGAGACCCCCAGCCCCGCCGGCAAAGCGCGACCCCCGGAUCAGCAACAGCAACAGCAGCAGCAGCAGCAGGAGGAGGAUCAGGACCCCCCUACCCAUCAUCCACCCCCGGCCCGCCCGGAGGAAGAAGAAGAGGAAGCCGACGGCUACGAAUCCGACGAUUGCACUGCGCUGGGGACGUUAGAUUUCAUCUUGCUGUACGAUCAGGAAAACAACGCGCUUCACUGCACGAUCAACAAAGCCAAGGGCCUGAAGCCGAUGGAUCAUAAUGGGCUUGCUGAUCCAUACGUGAAAUUGCACUUACUCCCUGGAGCCAGUAAGGCGAACAAACUGAGGACCAAAACUUUGCGGAAUACAUUAAACCCCGCUUGGAACGAAACCCUCACGUAUUACGGGAUCACCGACGAAGACAUGAUCCGCAAAACACUCAGGAUCUCGGUUUGCGACGAGGACAAGUUCCGUCACAACGAGUUCAUUGGCGAAACGAGGAUUCCUCUCAAGAAACUGAAGCCCAACCAGACUAAGAAAUUCAACAUUUGCCUGGAGAAGCAGCUGCCGAUGGACAAAAUGGAAGACAAGUCGCUGGAGGAGCGUGGCCGAAUCCUUGUUUCCUUGAAAUACAGUUCUCAGAAACAGGGCCUGCUGGUCGGCAUCGUCCGCUGCGCCCACUUGGCUGCCAUGGACGCGAACGGUUACUCCGAUCCCUACGUGAAAACCUACUUGAAACCAGACGAGGACAAGAAAUCGAAGCAUAAGACGGCCGUGAAGAAGAAAACCCUCAACCCUGAAUUUAAUGAGGAAUUUUUGUAUGAGAUAAAGCAUGGCGAUUUGACCAAGAAGACCUUGGAGGUGACAGUCUGGGACUAUGACAUUGGCAAAUCCAACGAUUUUAUUGGUGGCGUAGUUCUGGGCAUCAACGCCAAAGGGGAUCGUCUGAAGCACUGGUUUGACUGCUUAAAAAACAAGGAUAAGAAAAUCGAACGGUGGCACACGCUUACCAACGAAUUACCGGGAGCUCUUCUUAGCGACUGACUGUCAAGAUCUCGAACCCGGGAUCGACAAACGUCAGAAGAGACCGCUGGCUGCGGAUUGUGGGUUGCUUGACCGCACACGAUUCAUUUAGGGCCUCCCGGGCGCGGAGGGGAGAAACGGGCUGGGCAAGGGGCAUGGCUCAUUUUCCGGCGACUCCAAUCCGAAGUGGUUUGGUUUCUUGGUCGUUUGGCAAAUCCGUGCUAGAGGGUUUUUUUUUUUUUUUUUCUGGGAUGCCUUGAACCCCGUGUGUGUUUGUGUGUACGUGUGACAAGAGUGUGUGCGUUUGGGGAAAAGUUACCCUGCAUGUAUUACAGUGGUGAUUUAUAUGAAUAUUCUGAAUUUCAGGCUUGAAAAGUCAGCCUCUAAAUACGUUUCAACAGGUUUACUAAGUCUCUAAAACAGAGAUGUCCAAUUUUGGCAGCUUUUAAGACCUGUGGACUUCAACUCCCAGAAUUCCCCAGCCAGCCAUAAAUGGCUGGCUGGGGAAUUCUGGGAACUGAAGUCCACAGAUCUUAAUGUUGCUAAUGUUGGAUAUUCCUACUCUACUAGAAAAUGCUCUGGAUUGCAUUUUUGGCGGGUGGAUAAUUUGGAGCAGGGCCUUUUCCUGCGUUUAACGUUUACGGUGAUUUUAGUUCUUGGUUUGCGUGCCUGCUGCGUGUAUGUGUAUGUGCGCAUGUAUACAUGUGUGUCUGGUUGUGCAAUGAAAGUUUGCUGUACUUAUGGCGUCCCUAGUGUUUUAGCUGCCCUUCCAGACAAUCUGUACAAAACCACAAAGGGCUGUGUAACUAAUUACUCAUUGUACACCCCCGAAUAGCGUUUUUGUGUUUCUUCGGCUUUACCUCUAAUUUACCAAAAAAAAAACAAUGCAAAAUUCUAAAAAGAGCAGCUCAAAAUUUCUCAUCCGUUCAAAAUACGGCAGUCCUCGGCUUACGACCACAACGGAACCCCAUAUUUUGGUUGCUAAACGAGACAGUUAAGCAUACUAUCUCGGGCCGUGAUAAGAGACAUAUCUGUGGGCACCCGAGCUUUGCCCUGGCUCAGCUCCAGUGUGCAUGCGCGCACUAGCCAGCUGAUUUUCGGGCCUUCUGGGCCCACCGGAAGUCGGGAAACGGGCCAUUUCCGGCUUCCGGGGGUGUGUGGGGAAAGCCGUUUUUGCCCUCCCCAGGCUCCAAGAAAGGCUCUGGAUCCUGGGGAGGGUGAAAAAACAAGCCUACCGGGCCAUCACUUAUCAAAAGUGGGAGGAGCACAGGGGAGUCACACAUGCAUGCACAGGGGGUGGGGCACAUUGAAUUCUGGGUGGGGGCAUGCGCAUGCACGACCCCCCCAGGCUCUCCCCGCUUUUGGCACGCGACGGCAAAAAGGUUAGCCAUCACUGAUCUACGGAAUUUGGGGAGUUAGACUAGAACCGUGAUGGCGAACCUAUGGCACGCGUGCCCGAAGUGGCACGCAGAGCCAUCUUUCCGGGCACUGGAGCUGUCACCUAACUCACCUGCAGCUGUGCAUGUGCAUGGGCCCCAGCUGGUGUUCGGACUUCCGGUGCACAUGCGCGCAAUUCAGGGGACCCAGCUGGUCUUCGGAGCUCUCCUGCGCACUCGUGCACAUUUGCACAUAUGCGUAAGUCCUUCCUGCAACGCAUGCAUGCAUAGAUGAUGUUCGCACGGGUGCAUUGCACGCAUGGAAACUGUGAGCAUGAGCAGAUGGUGCGGUUGUGCACACAACGCACAGGGAAGGAUCUGCGCGUUAGCACGGAUAGCACGGGUGCUCGCGAAGCACAUACCUGUUCGGCACACGGUGAAUAAAAGGUUUGCCACCACUGGAAUAGAAUAACAGAGUUGGAAGGGACCUUGGAGGUCUUCUAGUCCAACCCCCUGCUCAGGCAGGAAACCCUGUACCAUUUUAAAUAGUUGUCCCAAUCUCUUCUUAAACACUUCCAGUGUUGGAGCAUUCACAACUUCUGGAGGCAAGUAGUUCCACUGAUUAAUUGUUCCUACCUGUGAUGGGCUGCUGCCGGUUCAGGUGGUAGUUGUGACCUGUCAUCCUAUUUAGCCGCAUUUUUUAAGCUGCAUGCAUGCGUGUGUGCGCAAGAGUAAAGCAUAUGCGCAAAGGCAGGUGCGCGCAUUUUCAGUGCUGGGGCAAACCGGUUGUUAAUUCAUGUGCCGUCCACCUCUGAAUCUUACUGUCAGGAAAUUCUGGGAAUUCUGACUGGAGAAUUCUGGGAGUUGAAGUCCACCCAUCUUAAAACAGGCUAGCUGGGGAAUUCUGGGAGCUGAAGUCCACCCAUCGUAAUCCAAACAGGCUUUUCCGAAAGGCAACUGGACAUCCUUGGUUUUUUGUCCUUGAAAACAUUUCGCUUCUCAUCCCAAAAAACUUCUUAAGAACCGAAGAAGCUCCUUGGAUGAGAAGUGAAAUGUCUUCAAGGUCAAACAACGAAAGCCCAGUUGCCUUGUGGAAUGAAGCUCUUUUCGGGGCAGCCAGGAUUGCAAAUCUCCAUAAACAUUCGCCAUCUUAAAACAUGGCUGGCGGGGGAAUUCUGGGAGUUGAAGUCCUCCCAUGUUAAAAUAUGCUGGCUGGGGAAUUCUGGGAGUUGAAGUUCAGCCAUUUUAAAGCAUGUUAGCUGAGGAAUUCUGGGAGUGGAAGUCCUCCCAUGUUAAAAUAUGCUGGCUGGGGAAUUCUGGAGUUGAAGUUCAGCCAUUUUAAAGCAUGUUGGCUGAGGAAUUCUGGGAGUGGAAGUCCUCCCAUGUUAAAAUAUGCUGGCUGGGAAAUUCUGGGAGUUGAAGUUCAGCCAUUUUAAAGCAUGUUAGUUGGGGAAUUCUGGGAGUGGAAGUCCUCCCAUGUUAAAAUAUGCUGGCUGGGAAAUUCUGGGAGUUGAAGUUCAGCCAUUUUAAAGCAUGUUAGCUGAGGAAUUCUGGGAGUGGAAGUCCUCCCAUGUUAAAAUAUGCUGGCUGGGGAAUUCUGGGAGUUGAAGUUCAGCCAUUUUAAAGCAUGUUGGCUGAGGAAUUCUGGGAGUUGAAGUUCAGCCGUUUUAAAGCAUGUUAGCUGAGGAAUUCUGGGAGUGGAAGUCCUCCCAUGUUAAAAUAUGCUGGCUGGGAAAUUCUGGGAGUUGAAGUUCAGCCAUUUUAAAGCAUGUUGGCUGAGGAAUUCUGGGAGUUGAAGUUCAGCCAUUUUAAAGCAUGUUAGCUGAGGAAUUCUGGGAGUGGAAGUCCUCCCAUGUUGAAAUAUGCUGGCUGGGGAAUUCUGGGAGUUGAAGUUCAGCAAUUUUAAAGCAUGUUGGCUGAGGAAUUCUGGGAGUGAAAGUCCACCCAUGUUAAAAUAUGCUGGCUGAGGAAUUCUGGGAGUUGAAGUUCAGCCAUUUUAAAGCAUGUUAGCUGAGGAAUUCUGGGAGUGAAAGUCCUCCCAUGUUAAAAUAUGCUGGCUGAGGAAUUCUAGAAGUCCACCCAUGUUAAAAUAUGCUGGCUGGGGAAUUCUGGGAGUUGAAGUCCAGCCAUUUUAAAGCAUGUUAGCUGAGGAAUUCUGGGAGUGGAAGUCCUCCCAUGUUAAAAUAUGCUGGCUGGGGAAUUCUGGGAAUUGAAGUUCAGCCAUUUUAAAGCAUGUUAGCUGGGGAAUUCUGGGAGUUGAAGUCCGCCCAUCUUAACGCUGACAGAAGUUGAGAAACACAAUCUCCGAAUCCUAUUUCAAUGCUUGAGAGCAAAAAGUUUCCCAUUCUGAAUUUUUCCCGACGUAGAAUCGACAUUUUAAACUUUGCACAGGAACAAAGAAAACCCGUUAUUUCUGCUUGGAAGUAGGAACCGAUCCAUUUCGAUCCGGCAGGGCGAUGCCUCCUUCUUCACGUCCCUCGUUUGCACGUUGUGUAAAUCCCCUCUCCUCCGGCUGGGUUUUUACUCCUCUCCCCGUGAUCUGUGGUGGACGCUUUCAUUUUGUAUCAAACCCUUUUGUUUCCCCACCCGAAAAACUCUGUAUAAACUGACCUAUACAUAGAUUAUAUCCUUAUACAGCAUAUAAAUAUAUAAAUAACAGGCCUAUUUAAACGAAAUACCUUAUUAUCGCAUGCCAGUGGGUGGUUGUCAUGCAACAGAACUUGUUAAAUGUUUGAUACCAAAUGUUUUGCUACAACGUGGUCACCGCUGAAGGCAGCCCUGACUACAACUUCAGACAUAAAUUUUGUAUUCCACUAUCGUUUUAUGUGUCUUUAUUUAUUUAUUGUUCGUCAAGUUGGUUAAAGCUUACGAACCUGAAAUCUC